AGAAUUCUACAUGAAACACGAUCCCGGGGCUGUGUGAAGGCUCAAUGGCUCCAUUCCAACUUCGUGAGAGUCAAGAGAUUGUCGACCUGCUUUCUGACACUGAGUCCGAAGAUGAGGGCCGAGCGAGGCAGCAAGUAGAGGCUUCCGACGCACAAUCGGCAGCAGGCAGUGCAAGCAACCACCCAAACUUUGAUGACUUUCGCCAAAAUUUGCAGCUGAUUGACGGCGAGAUAAUCGACUUGACCGCCAUCCCAGAUAUUGAUGUUCCGCCGUCAGAUCCCAUCAUUGCAGAUGAUAUGCUUCGGCAAGCUCCUGGUAGGCAUGCGCAAACUGAUCUGGUCACCGGGGCUGCGUGUCUACAGAUGGUUCUCAGCGUGUUGCCAGAUAUCUCGGUUGACCAUGUGCUCAAGCUUAUCCAGGAAAAGACGACAGACGCUACGCGAACCAUGGUCCAGUGUGAGCGACUCAUUGCCGAACUCCUAGAAGGUGAACCAUAUCCAAAAGAGGAGGAGGAAGCGAAGAAAAGGAAGAGAAAACGGGAAGACGAGGCUGAAGAUGAGCUGAGCAGUUAUGAGAAAGGCGAGCGUACUUUGGAGAUUUACGGUUACGAGUCCGAUGCAACAGAACUACUCAAGGACGAAUUUCCCAGCGUGCCCGUACGACACAUCUCCAACGUUCUUCAAGAACAGAAAACUCUCUACAAAGCCUACGGCGUCAUCGAGAAACAAGUGCGCGACUACGGACGAGUUGCUCGGUCAUAUACCAAGAUCAGCAAAUCUCGAAAUAAGCGCGGUGUCGAAGCCCAAUUAAUCGCAAGAGGCAGUCAGCUACCCAAGGAGUUAGACGCGGCAAAGAAAAAGGUCGAGUCUGAAGCUGUAAAACGUCGCAAGGCCCAGGAGGCUGAGGAGGCCGAAGAGGCCAACUUACACCAAGCGCGUAUCAAUAACCAAAUGGGCGAGUGCGCCUGCUGCUUCGACGAUGCACCCCUUAACCGCAUGAUCAGUUGCAAUGGCGAUACGGUACAUUUCUAUUGCAAAGACUGCGUACGUCAGCAGAUUGAGACGCAAAUGGGGCAAUCCCGUUGCAGGCCCAAGUGCUUUGGUGUUGACAACUGCAACGGAAUUUUCUUGCGAGGACAGCUACAAGAAGCCUUGAGCGAAAAGACGUUUGAGCGACUAGAACACAUGCAGCAGAUGGAGGACUUGAAAGCAGCAGGAUUAGACUUUCUCUCAGAGUGCCCGUUCUGCGAUUUCAGGAUGGAGUGUCCACCAAUCGAAGUCGACAAAGAGUUUCGUUGUCAAAGCGCAAAGUGCGGCAAGACAAGCUGUCGACUUUGCCAGAAAGAAUCACACAUCCCCAUGACGUGCGAGGAGUCUAAAAAAGACAGUCAGAUCACGCUAAGACACGUUGUUGAAGAGGCCAUCUACGUGUGCUCGAAGAAUGUGACUGAUUAUAGUCACUUCGGAGAGACAAGUGCAGGCAAGUGUCCUUUACAUGAUAAUAUCGAAGAGCGUCACGAACAGGAAGUGAAAAAGGCAGCCGGCGAAGCCAUGGCCAAAGUACGAGCCGAAAACCCGAGCUUGUCGGACGCAGACCUGAUGGUCAAAGUAUCUGACCAGGUCAAACAAGCCGAGGAAGCACGUAGAGGUCGUGUAAGAGCCGAAGCACAAGCCUAUCCUUACCACAUGGUGGCUGGACAGCUUCGACGCGUUCCGCCUGCUCACAUGGCUGUGCCGCGACCUCAAGUUCCACUUCCACCGAUGCCUGUGGAACCACCAGCACUCCAACGUCGAGCCUUUGACGCUCCUUGGAACAUGUUAGCCGGUAAUCCCUUUCAAGGGGGAGCUGGUGGGUUGGCUCAACCCAGGCGGCCUGCUCAACAAGCACAUAACCUUGCUCUUGUGCAGGCAGUUCCUCGCCCUCGUGAGCCUUAUAUUCAUAACAGGGCACUUGAAGCGCGGAUUCAGGAUGUCCAAAAUCGCUUACAUCAACAACGCUUUGAUAACGAAAUGGCCCACCUCAGACAGCAGCAGGCGGAGAUGAAUCAGGUUCGGCGGGUACUUCAAGCUCGAGUGGUUGCCCUCACGGCGCAGUUGGAAAGGCAACGCAGACUUCACCUUGCAAGAGAUGCCAAUAGGUAGCAUCAUUUUGGGCCCGGCGCAUGACGUGUCCUUAUAUUCCAUGCACGUCGAGCAUGUCGCUAAGCAUGGUGUUGAACUUGAUAAUUAUGGCCGGCAAUCGGGUCAUUGGUACUUGGCA